CCCCCUCCCCCUCCCCUCCCUCCCUCUGGCGUGCAAUCAUGUUCAGACGUUCACUCCCAAAGCCAUCCACUGCGCUCGCCUCUCUCCGUUAUCUCAGGCAACUCAACCUCCGCUCAUUUCACAUCUCUCCUCUAGUCCACAGCGCCCCCAAUGCCCGUCCUUCAAACCCCUUCGCUUCCCCCACAGGGCACGCCCAUGCCGGUGGCACGCUCUCCUACCCCUCCUCCUCCCUUCCUCCUCGCAAAUCCUCAUUCCCAACAGAGUACGUCCCUUCAGGCAAAAAAACAGCAGCGAUGGAGCUCGUCAAGGACGUCUAUACCGAGAGUGAGGCCACGGGUCAGAGGACGAUGCAUGAUGUGGAUGCGUUCUUGAAGGAGAACGAGAUGACUAUUAGGUUGGGAAAUGGGCACGAGCCUGGAGGCGCGACGGAGCUGAGGAAGCCUGUGUUGACCUUUGAAGAACUGGAAUGUAUACCCCAGGAACUGCACAACACCCUCCGCAAAACCGGCUUCCCGACUCCAACGCCCAUCCAAGCCCAAACCUGGCCCAUCGUCCUCUCCGGAAAGGACCUAAUCGGCGUCGCCCAAACCGGGUCUGGCAAAACACUGUCCUACAUCCUCCCCGCCAUCGCUCACCUGCGAGCUCAGCCUUCCUGGCGUCCAGGCCAAUCUACUUCCUCCGGCUUCGGUAUCUCUCCCUCGGCGCUUAUACUGGCGCCUACUAGGGAACUGGCAACGCAGAUCGCGGCUGAAGCGGGGAAGUAUAUGCUGAGUUGUAGGAUGGCGGUCGUACCGGUUUAUGGAGGGGCGGAUAAGAGGAUGCAGAUGAAUAAUUUGAGGAGGGGCGCAGAUGUGGUCGUCGCUACUCCUGGAAGGCUGAACGAUCUGAUCCAAUCAAACAUCCUCAACCUCUCCCGCAUCUCCUAUCUCGUAAUGGACGAAGCCGACCGUAUGCUCGACAUGGGCUUCGAGCCCCAAAUCCGGCAAAUAGUCGAGCACCUCCCCCCGAACCGCCAAACCCUGCUCUGGAGCGCCACGUGGCCCAAAGAGGUACAGUCUCUUGCUAGGGACUUUAUUAACCCGGGGGGGCAUGUGCAUGUCACUGUGGGCUCGCAUGAAUUGGAGGCGAACAAGAACGUCCUCCAGCGGACAGAGCACGUCGAGUCCUCCGGGAAACCCAUGGCGCUGCAAAACCACCUCGUCCGUAUCCUAACCGCCCAAAAACAAGCCAAAAUCAUCAUCUUCGUCGGUACCAAACUGACGGCGGAUAUGCUCCAUCAGGGCUUGAGCCAGGGGGGUUACCCGGUGGUUACUAUACAUGGGGAUAAGACGCAGGAUGCGAGGGAUAGGAGUAUUGGACAUUUUAGAGCUGGCAAGGCGCAGGUGCUUGUUGCUACGGACGUUUGUGCGAGGGGGUUGGACGUAAAAGACGUCCACACAGUAAUAAACUACGACAUCCCCAACAACCCCGAAGACUACGUCCACCGAAUCGGCCGCACAGGGCGCGCCGGCUCCAAGGGCGAAGCGCUCUCUUUCCUCACGGACGAGGACGCACCCCGCGCUGAUGGGCUUAUCAAAGUGAUUGAGAGCGCGGGUCAGGAACCGGAGAUGUGGUUGGUGCAGAUGGCUAGGGAUGCUCGGGGGAAUCGGGGAGGGGGGGGGCAGAGACAGUGGGGUGGGGGGUAUAGGAGGCAAGGGGGUGGGGGGUACGGGGCUGGGAGACAGGGGGGUGGUGGCGGUGGAGGGUAUGGAGGGAGACAGGGCGGUGGGUAUGGGGCGGGAGGAGGAGGGUAUGGGAGAGGCAGGACAGGCGGCUCCGGUGGAGGAGGAGGAGGGGGGGGGUAUGGCGGGAACUGGUAACUGAUUCCUUUUCCUGCUUGAAGCUUCCAGCUCCCUGCCUUUCGCUUCGGAGCGUCUUGCUUCGAGCUUCCUGCUGAGCGUCCUGCGGCUUGCUUCCUGCGUCCUGCUUCAGAACGUCGAUCUCUUGCCUAUCGUAUUCGUUCCGUCCUACUCUACCUUCCUAUUUCCCAUGUCCUGUGUCAUGUCGCGUCUUGCAUCCUGUCCUGUCCUGUCCUGCCUUUCUCGCUCGCUCGCAUGUCUCUACCGCCCAUCUCACCUUGACUGCCUACCUACAGUACCUACGAUCACCUUCGUACCGCCCCGUAUCGUGUCGUCCUCCGUAUCGUCCUCCGUAUCGUCCUCCGUAUCGUCGUACUACGUACUGCCAAAACCUUCUGGAUAGAUAGAGGGAAUGUAAUCUCCGCCUUCGG